AUGGCCUCGCCAACCGCGAAGCUCAUGACACGCAGCGACUUGAGACGGAUGGCACUACAAUCACGCGUCGCCAGCCAGAUGGCCACAAACAUGUACAGAUUCAAUCAAAGCAUCAUCACACCCAACGUAACAAAAACACAGAGUCCUCACCGCACUCACUACCUUAUGGACGGCGAAGGAACGGUGUACGAUCCCAGGGCAAUCGUCAGAGUGCUGAUCCCGAUUUCGAUCGCCGGGUGGCUGCUAUUUGGGGUGAUUUGCAUCUUAUGCAUCAACGGCAAGGGGAAGCUUGGCAGAUGGGUUCCUGAGUGGUAUCUCGACUCCCAGGGGACGAAGCGAGACAAGGCGGUGGUUGUGCUGUGGUGGGUGGCGGUCAUGGUGUUGUGGCCGGUGAUACUGCCGGUGCUGCUGGUGAGGAAGGUGAUACGGGUGACAAAGCGGUGGAUUGUGGGGAGGAGAGUGGAGGCGAGGAUUCUGCAGCCGAAGGAGGUGGUUGGAGAGGUCUGA